AUGACCGAGUCAAAGACCGAGAGCUCACAGCUUGUAGAUUGUGAUCAUAUCCCGAUUAUCGACCUAUCAGCUUUAGAUAGUCGGAAUUUCGAUGAACGACGGAAACUUGCUCAAUCAAUCUAUGACGCUUGCACUCAGGCUGGCUUCUUUUACAUCAAGAACCAUGGAAUUUCAGAGGAGAAAAUCAAUGGUAUACACAGCUCCGCAAAGCGGUUCUUCGACCUCCCCGAUUCGCAAAAGAUGAAGUUCUAUAUUGGAAACUCUUCCAAAUUCCGCGGCUACAGCCCCCUAGGUUCCGAGAAAUCUACAGGGACAGAGGAUGAUCCCAUUGCCGAAGAAGACGCAGUCGGUGCUCUCUCUGAAGCAUUUGACAUCGGAUACGAAACUGCAAUGGAUCCUCAAAAACCAAAAGAUGACCCUCUUCCUCGUGAUCCCUAUGGGUUGUAUGGAGAUAACCAAUUGCCCGGCCCAGAUAUACUUCCAGGCUUCACAGAGACAUACAUAGAAUAUUGUGCCAUGAUGCUAGGACUCUGUCGAAAACUGAUGAGAAUAUUCGCGCUCGCUUUAGACUUGCCCGAAGAACACUUUGAUUCGAUGACUCAGAACCCAGGUGUCACGUCUAGGAUGAUGCAUUACCCGCCUCAGCCGGUGGAAGAAGAGGUUCGUGAAGGGCUUGGGGCUCAUACGGACUUCGAAUGUUUCACUAUCCUCUCUCAGGGCAGUGUCCCGGGGCUGCAGGUGUUGAGUCACAGCGGCGAGUGGAUACUGGCGCCACCGUUGCCAGGGACAUUGGUCGUCAACAUUGCAGAUUGCUUGAAAUCCACGGAGAAUCGAAUUAAUACUUUCCCUCAGUAUACCACCGAGAUUGAAGGUCUUACGAUUCAUUUUGUAGGGUUGUUUUCGGAAAGGAAGGAUGCCGUUCCUCUGUUGUUGUUGCAUGGAUGGCCUGGGAGCUUCCUCGAGUUUUUGCCUAUGCUGCAAAAGUUCCGAGAGGAGUAUACGCCAGAAACCUUGCCUUAUCACUUGAUUGUACCUUCCUUGCCAGGUUUCACAUUUUCCUCUGGACCCCCAUUGGAUAGGGACUUUGAAAUAGGUGACGUUGCUCGUGUGAUGGAUCAACUUAUGAAAGGCCUGGGCUUUGGGAGCGGAUAUGUUGCCCAGGGGGGUGACAUUGGAAGUCGGAUGGCUAGGCACUUGGGCGUGGAGUAUGAGAGCUGCAAAGUCAAUGUGGUUUUCAUGAGAAAGCCAGACGGCAUGUCGGACGACCACCUGAAUGCCUCUGAGAGACAGGGCAUUCAGAGAAUGACGAACUUUGUGACUACCGGCGCAGGCUAUGCGAUGGAGCAAGGCACUCGACCCAGCACCAUCGGGCACGUCUUGGCAUCGAGCCCUAUUGCUCUACUAGCAUGGAUUGGAGAGAAAUUCCUGGAAUGGGUCGACGACCCGCUUGCCCCAGAUGACAUUUUGGAGUCUGUCACCUUGUACUGGCUUACCGAGACGUUCCCUCGAGCAAUCUAUACUUAUCGAGCGAACUAUCCUGCGCCACCGCUUCCGUCUUCCAAUGACCCCCGUUGGUAUAUCCACAAGCCAUUUGGAUUUUCUUCUUUCCCAAUGGAGCUUGCUCCACUGCCGCGCUCGUGGAUUGAGACUACUGGAGAUUUGGUUUUCUGGGAGCAGCACCCGAAGGGUGGUCAUUUCGCGGCACUAGAGCAGCCUGAUGAAUUGAAGGCGGACCUGGUCAAGUUCGUGGAUCAGGUGUGGCCGGGCAUUAUCGGUGCCGACUAA